GCACAGCUUGCGUACGUGUGUGCAUACACCUACACACACAUAUAUAUAUAUAUAUACAUAUAGUGGGGGACAAACGCCUUUGGUUGUCCUUUCCUUUUUUCUCUCUUCUUUUCUCGGCGUCCGGCGCGAGAUUAGUUUUCGUUGGUUGGCUUUGCUUUGCUGUACAACUCAUCAUGGAGCUCCGCUCGCGCGUAGAGAAGUUGGCGCAGCUGCAGGCGCCGACGGUCGUGCCGCCGACCUCCACACCUGCCAUUAGCCGCCUCGUCUCCCUCGAGCAUGACCAGAUGACCCACCGCUGGCUGCGCGGCGCGAUGUCCUUCCUCGCCUUCAUCUGCUUUAUUCUGUCCAUAAUCCAAGUAGAAAACAACGCGGGAAACAUCGUGCUGCACGUCCUCCUCCUCGCCUUCUCCCUGGCCGGCGAGGCGUGCAUCGUCGUUAUUUAUCGUAUUAAAUCUCGCUUCUCCGGUGUGUCGAACCUGGCGACGCACGCCAUCAACCCGCUGCACUCGCCCUACGUCUCUACGAUGCUGGCGGAGAUGCUGGUGUGGAUCGUCAUGGCCCCACCGGCCGUGAGCAGCAAGGCCGUCUGGGCGCAGGUGCUGGACAGCCUCGUCAUUCUCCGCUCCUACGUGUUUGUGCUGUACUUGAUUCGGCUGACCACCCAGAGCGUGUUUAAGCGGGCCGUCGCGGCCAUCUGCGGGUACCACUUCAACUCAUUUUACCUUUUCCGCCACACUUUCCUCUCGCGCCACGCCGUGGUCACCGCCGCGGGAUUUCUCGUUGUGUGGCUUGGGCUGGCGCUGCUCUACAGCAACGGCGAGACCGUCAGCUACGGGGACGCCGUGUACUUCUGCUUCUCCACAACCGCCUUCGUGGCCUACGGUGACAUCGCUCCCAUGACGUGGGUGGGCCGCUUCGCUGCCUUCUUGUCCUGGUGCCUCGGCCUCCUCAUGAUUGGUUGGUCCGUCAGCCUCAUGCACGCCUUCCUCAAGAUCAGCGCGGCAGAGCUCAAUCUGCACACCCUCUUCCGCACGAACAAGCUGUGCGCGGCGAUCCCGACCGAGGCCGCCCACACCAUCCAGCGGGCAUGGAAGCUGUACGUGGCGAAGCGCGAUCAGAAGAACUACGUCGCGGUGCAGUUCAACGCAUUGCUGCUGAGCGUGCAGGCGUGCAGCUUCCGCAGCCUGCGGCGCGACUUCGCAGCGGCGGAAAACGCCUUUCUGCGCUCCACCUACACCUUUGAGGACAGCCUGACUGCGAUGAGCCGGCAGUCGUCCCGCCGCUCCACCCCGGCUGGCUCGCCGCGAUCACCCGGCAGCGCGAACGUCAGCAGCUUCGGCGGCAGCGCCACCACGCCUCGCAUGGGCACGAGUAGCACUCGUCGCCCCUUCGCCCUCUUCAAGGAGAUGAAGGCGAAGCAGUCCCCGUCCGUGUCCCCCAGCGUGUCGAGAGGGGAGUUGGAGGUGGGCAGCGAGGACCCGCACAACGCGAGCAGCACGAGCAACGGACCGGUCACGACGCCGGCGGCACGUGCAAGUCCACCUGCACCGCUGGCGCUGCGAAUCAGCCCGGUUCGCACCGGCGACAGCGCUGCUGCGACGGCUGACAUUACGGCUCGGCUUUCCCGACUUGACGAGACGCUGAACGCGCUGAUUCGCAAGGCGGAGCGCAUGACGCCGCAGCGCCACUCGCUGACGGAAGUGGACUCGUAG